CACAAAGGUCUCGUCUACUCAGAGUCUCAGACUCAGUUCCCUGCUGGCUAGCAAGCGAGAAGGGUUGCGACUGUGUUUCUCCGGGUCGACAGGCACAGCGUCUGUGAAUAUACGAAACUUUUGAAUCCACAGGACUUUAAUUUUAGCGACGCUGGAGUGCAUCGAAAGUGACGAACAAACGAAAGUGUUGAAAGAAAAGUGAAAGUCGAUAUCUGGAAAGAACAAACUUGCAACUAACUUUCCUGGAUUCAUUCGAGUGUCGUCAAAGCCAGUCUUCACCAAAAUGAUAAAAUGAGCUUAUUCGUUUCGGGACGCGUUUGGUUAAAAUAGACACCUUAUGGAUUUGUUUGUUUCUUUUACGUGAUUGGUGAUCAUUGGUCUUUGUAGAGAAGACUUUCUAAUUGUUUAAAGGGUGAAGGCCAAACCUGUGCUUAGGCCUACAUGGUCCCCUGUUAUUGUAUAUACUGUAGUGUGGACGUCAUCCUCUGUUCUUCGGUAUGGGGUUCAGUCCAAUGGAUGGCUUCUUCUUAGCUGUGUUUCUGGCUGUUUGCAUUCUUGUAGCAGUGGUACUGCGCUGUCUCUGCUAUCGGUGCUGUAUGCAGUCAUGUUCAGAAAAAUUCAGACGCUCCAAUGAAGAGGACAUCUUGCCCCGUCAUUCGGCUGCCACCAUCACCCCUGCUGGCUGCAACAGCCGCAGGUGCCAGACACAACCGCGUCGGCAGCAACAGCAAGACCGGAGUCCUCAGAUGAUGCCAAACUCCCGACCUGUUAUUCCCCAAGCAGGUACAGUGUUCACCAUCUACACUUUCCCUCAGCAGGAUGCCUCGCCGGAGCUCAGCAGGCCCAGUCGAGGCAUAGAGGUUUCAAAAUAUUCGACCAUUCCAACGGACUCGCCUCCCAAAUAUGAAGACCUUUUUCCAUCAAGUCCUAAAGAAAUGUCGACCUCCAUCGAAUUGGAGGUUAUAUCUGAGCAGCCUUUUCUUGAGGAUGAAGAGCCACCUGCACGAGAUGUAGCGAUCGAUCAAGCUCAUCCUUCGUCAGCAUCGUUUUCUAGCACAAGUCAAGCAUUAACCUCAUCAGUGCCAACAAAUGCCACCGUAGUAUCAAAUGCUAAUCCUUCUCUCGGUACGUCCCAGUCACAGACUUCUGUACCGCGGGAGGCCCCUCCGUUGUACGAUGUAAUAUAUCCACAAAAAUGAGUGAAAAUUAUUUUAAUUUUAUGUCGGCGUAAAAAUGGUAAUUUUCAUUCCACUUACUCCUAUGUGGAAGGCAAUUCAAUAGACCACAAUUAAUGCCAAUAUCUGGAAAAUCUCAAAUAUCCAGAGGGAACUGCUAUGACUAGUUGUUUAACGAUGAGUGCAGCAGCUUUCAGUGCUCGAGUUUCACAUCUGCAUAUGACUUAAAGAAUGUGGUAACCCAAAGUGACAGAAUUUCCUUUCUGAAUUCCCUUUGAUGGUUUUAGAUACUUAACCGUAUUGCGAUUGCUUGAGACUCAAGUAUACCUAUUAAUGCUCUUUAUGAAGAAACGUGUUACCAAGUAAACAUAGUUAAGUGGUGGGUAGGUUCUAUUUCACGACAUGCCUCUAGAUUUUGGUGUCAUAAUAUAUUUUUUAUAAACUUAUGUGAGACGCCUGAAAACGUCUCUUAAAUAUUAAAAGCGAAUACAUUUCACAUAUUAAAUUGUUGACUGUGAUAGGUCUAUCUAUGGUUCUUAUAUAUAUUAAGGAAAAUUUUGAUAGUCGCUCUGAAUUAUUCAAGUUUUUAUCAGCUGUCGUUUGGGUAAAUUUUUUAUACUAUUCACUUCACCUUGCAAAACUAUUUCCUGCAAUUUCUGAUAUAGAGCUAUUGGUAUUUUCACAGUGAUGCCUCUCCACAUUGACGUGCUUGCAUGCUCACAAUGCAAUGAUGUAACAUGUGUAUACUAUGUGCAUUCACAGACCUUUGUGAAUUUGACAACCGGAACAGAUAGGUAUUUUUUUUAAUUAAAAAAACAAGAAUCAAUUUUUAAUGUCCGUAUAAGCGUCCAUUGUAAUGUUAAUGUAUUUUCACUAGUGUUCCAAGGAACUUAAUUGACACGUAGUAACUGCCUGGUGUAAAUUUGCAGAUAAAAAACAACCGUUAACAGACUCAAGUCCACAUGUAUUGAAAAUUUAUGAUCCUAUAAAACAUAUUCUCCUAGAAAGUACCUCAGGCUGUUUUAACUUAUUUAUUUUAUUGAUACCUUGAGACUUGUUUUAGAAAUUAGGAUGCGGCUUAAGUUGUAUCACUUGAUGACUAACUAUUCUUUUUAUAAAAAGGACAAAAAGUUGUUUGAGGUAUAUCUAAAUAAUAACUGCAGAUGACAUCAGAGCUAAGGUACUGAAGUUGAGCAUUUCCUAAGUUAAGACAUUAUCGUUGAUAUUCGGACACUCGUGUAACAGUUACGUUUCUUUGUACCUUAAUUUAUACUGUAAAUGUUAUACUUAUCAUUUUUGUGUGAAUGAAGGUGGAAUUGUUCCUUGAUGUAUACUUUAUCAGGAUACUUGAAUGACAAUAAACAAUGAAGUAACAUGUUGAAUACCAUAGAUAAUUUUUGUACUAAUUUAGUAAUGAAAUAUUGAUGUGUACAUUAUGUACAAAUCUUUGGUGCUGUGAAAAUGUAUAUUAAUCGAAAUAAUGUAAAUAAAUGUAUAUAAGAAUGUAA